UGUAAACCUAGGGUUUUACAAAUUACAGAUUGUCCUCAAAACCCUUUCCGGUCUAACAAGUUUCAAUUUCUCUUCCAUGGCAUGAACAACACCUACGGCAUUCAAGCAGGAACUCAUUUCAGACCCCUAAACAUCAGACCCAAACCCGCAAAACCGCACAUGGCUUUCGCAACCGGAGCUCGUAUACUCCGCGCUCAUCCCCGGCAGCUUCCUUUUUCUGUCACUUUAGCGCCUCGUCUGCUGCUCGGUGGGCGGCACCCGGAGCUCCGUUUUCUCUCCGCCGCCGGCACCCACCAGCGCAAGAGUCUCUUUUCCGCGAAAGCUUCUUCGAGGGGGAGAGAGGAAGAGGUGGAAGAGAAUGGGAGUAUGGUUUCUGUGAGUGGGGGUGCCGGCAAUAGCGGGAACGGAGGCAACCACAGGGUAGUAGUCACAGAGCUUCACAAGGAGGCCACAGACGCUUACAUGUCCUACGCAAUGUCCGUGCUUUUGGGCAGGGCGUUACCUGAUGUCAGGGAUGGGCUAAAGCCUGUCCACCGCCGGAUACUAUAUGCAAUGCAUGAGUUAGGCCUUUCAUCAAGGAAACCUUACAAGAAGUGUGCAAGAGUAGUUGGGGAGGUUCUUGGUAAGUUCCAUCCACACGGGGACACUGCUGUCUAUGAUUCAUUGGUUAGAAUGGCCCAGGAUUUCUCCUUGCGAUCUCCACUCAUCCGCGGGCAUGGAAAUUUUGGUUCUAUUGAUGCUGAUCCUCCUGCAGCAAUGCGUUACACAGAAUGCAGACUGGAGGCACUUGCAGAGGCAAUGUUGUUGGCAGAUCUGGAACUAGAUACAGUUGAUUUUGUUCCAAACUUUGACAACUCACAAAAAGAACCAUCCUUACUUCCUGCUCGCGUUCCAAACUUAUUAUUAAAUGGUGCUUCAGGGAUUGCGGUUGGAAUGGCAACAAAUAUUCCUCCGCAUAAUCUUGGGGAAUUGGUAGAUGCACUGUCUGUCUUGAUUCACAACCCCGAAGCAACGUUGCAAGAAUUGCUCGAAUACAUGCCUGGACCUGACUUUCCUACUGGAGGAAUUAUAAUGGGCAACCUUGGUAUUUUAGAGGCAUAUCGAACUGGACGAGGACGUGUGGUAAUUCGAGGGAAAACUGAUGUUGAGUUGCUGGAUCCCAAGAGCAAGCGUUCAGCAAUUAUCAUAAAAGAGGUACCAUAUCAGACCAACAAAGCGUCCCUUGUUGAGAAAAUUGCUGAACUUGUGGAAAAUAAGGUAUUGGAAGGAAUAAGUGAUAUACGUGAUGAAAGUGACCGAUCUGGAAUGCGCAUAGUCAUUGAGCUUAAGAGGGGAGCAGAUCCAUCCAUUGUGUUAAACAAUCUAUAUCGUUUAACUGCUCUGCAGUCCACAUUUAGCUGCAACAUGGUGGGGAUUCUUAAUGGCCAACCGAAAUUAAUGGGACUGAAGGAGUUGCUUCAGGCUUUUCUGGAUUUUAGAUCUUCUGUUGUUGAAAGGCGUGCGAGAUAUAAGUUAUCUCAAGCGCAAAAUCGUUAUCAUAUUGUGGAGGGUAUCAUAAAAGGACUUGAUAAUCUGGACAGAGUCAUUGAGGUAAUCCGGAAUGCUUCUAGCCACGUGUCAGCUUCAACUGAUUUAAUGAAAGAGUUCAACUUCACUGACAAGCAAGCAGAGGCUAUAUUGGACAUAAGCCUCAGACGACUAACAUCUCUCGAGAAAAACAGGUUUAUUGAGGAAGGAAAAUCUCUGUCUGAACAAAUAUCUAGGCUACGGCAGCUUCUUUCAAGUAAAACGUUAAUCCUUGAGAUGAUAGAAAUGGAAGCAAAAGAAAUAAAGAAUAAGUACUCUACUGCAAGGCGUUCAAUGCUGGAGGACACUGAUAGUGGUCAACUUGAAGAUAUAGAUGUUAUCCCCAACGAGGAAAUGCUACUGGCACUUAGUGAAAAAGGCUACCUAAAAAGAAUGAGACCGGAUACUUUCAAUCCUCAGAAUCGUGGGACUAUUGGAAAAUCAGUGGGGAAACUGAGAGUAAAUGACACAAUGUCUGAUUUCAUUGUAUGCCGCACACAUGAUCAUGUCCUCUAUUUCAGUGAUAAAGGAACAGUGUACUCUGCUCGUGCUUAUAAGAUCCCAGAAUGCAGCAGGGCUGCUGCUGGCACACCUUUAGUCCAGAUUUUAGCUCUAUCUGAUGGCGAGAGAGUAACAUCAAUUAUUCCAGUUAGUGAAUUUGACGGGGAUCAAUAUCUUAUGAUGCUAACUAUGAAUGGAUAUAUCAAGAAAGUUUCCUUACCCUAUUUCUCAUCGAUAAGGUCCACCGGUAUCAUAGCAAUCCAACUGGUUCCUGGUGAUGAAUUGAAAUGGGUGAGGAGCUGCACAAAUGAUGAUUUUGUGGUGAUGGCCUCUCAAAAUGGAAUGGUUAUUAUGACUCCUUGCGAAAAUGUUAGAGCACUUGGAAGGAAUACUAGAGGGGGAAUAGCCAUGAGGCUCAAGCCAGGGGAUAAAAUGGCAAGCAUGGACGUAAUACCUGCUUCAUUGGCUAAACUGUUACACAGAGGCUCAGAGACACAACAGACUCUUGGCAAGAGUUUUGCUGGUCCUUGGCUGCUGUUCAUAUCAGAGAACGGCUAUGGAAAGCGAGUUCCUCUUGCUAGCUUCCGGACGUCACCACUCAAUAGGGUUGGUUUGAUAGGUUACAAGUUUUCGGAGGAAGAUCGUCUGGCUGCUGUAUUUGUAGUGGGAUUCUCUGUAGGAGAGGAUGGAGAAAGCAACGAACAAGUAGUGCUGGUCAGUCAAAGUGGAACCGUGAACCGGAUCAAAGUUCGGGAUAUCUCCAUCCAGUCUAGAUAUGCAAGGGGUGUGAUUCUGAUGCGCCUUGAGUAUGCCGGAAAAAUUCAGUCAGCUUCCUUAAUAUCAGCCACCGAAAUUGAGAGUGAGGAGGAAUUGCAGGAGGCCUCAGCAUGAAAAGAACACAAAUUAUGAAUUUGCUUUUGUAGAAUUCUAGAGUAAUAUUUUAUUUUCUAGUUUUGUAAGGAUCUUAGACAGCUACUUGCAUGUUGACAGCUUUCCAAAAAUGUUGCUCGUCCAUUUCUCUUUCUUCCAGUUGCUCGCACUUCUAUAAAUUAGUGGUUUCUUAUCUUAUAUUAUUUGUUUUGUCAGUAUAUCUGUUUGAGAAAAUUACUCCCUCGACGAUAGCUUCCAUAUUUUAC